UGUUGAACAAUAUAACCUUAGAAGUCCACCACUGCAUGACAUUGCAAAAAUAUAGCCUAUAUUUUUAUUUGUGAUAACUUUUUUUUCCGGUAACACCCUCAUCGUAAAACUGGGUCAGAUCUCGGUUGUUCAUGGUUAAGGACAAAGACCAAAGUCUGACUCGCUUGAUUUCCUUUCAGUGUUUUAUUUUGAACUUGAGUCGCCAGUCGGAGCUUUGCAUUGAGUGUUGUUAGUUGUCGUGGUCGUGGCCGCCGUGGCUUGCUACAUGAGCUGGACUCUGUUCAUUGACAAAAAUCUAAAGCCAAGGUAGAUCUACUCCAAUUUCCAUUUUCCAAUCUCUAUCCAAGUUUUCGGCAAAAUGUCAUUUUGUUCCUGGUUUGGUGGUGAGAAGUACAGAGAUCAUUUUGAAAAUGGUAUCUAUGUCUGUGUGGAGUGCGGACAUGAGCUGUUCUCCAGCAUGACCAAGUUUGAGCACUCGUCUCCAUGGCCUGCAUUCACCAAGACUGUUAGAGAGGAUAGUGUCUCCAAGAGACCAGAAGGACCUAGUGCUUUGAAGGUAUCGUGUGGAAAGUGUGGCAAUGGCUUGGGGCAUGAGUUCUUGAAGGACGGUCCAGACGGUGUCCAGUCCCGUUUCUGAAUAUUCUCGUCUUCCCUGAAGUUCAAGAAAGGGAAGACAGUCAAAGAGAAUGGUACAAAAUCAUAGCUACAUCUAGAGGUUAUCAUCGAUGGUGGAAUUUGGCCAUCUAUCUCCAUCCAGAUACAUGAAGUUCACAAGGCUGAACAUAGAACAACAGAGCAAGUACCAGUUGAGCAGUGUCAAUUUCUUUUUAGAUACUAGUCAUAUUCUUGCAAGUACAGGAAGGAUAUAGUCAUUUUGAAACUUUAAAUGUGCUGGUAUAACACAAAGAGAUGUAAGCCACAAUUUUUUACCGAGCAACAGUUUGUUUUAUAAACCUAAAUUGAAAUGAAAAUGAAAUAAAUAUAAUGAUAAAAUAUAUAAUGUACACCAAAAGUUAAUCAAAUUUUUACAAGGAAUGAUCAUUGUCCCAUCACAGACUCAAUAUAUAUAUAUUUAUGAAGGGACGGAUCAAAUUUCAUGAAAAAAAAUGCUGAAAAAAUGAGUUGUUCCUUGAAGAAUGCUUAAUUUGAAAUACGUGCAUGUAUCAAGAUGGAGAUGAUAUCCUUUUUCUGCUUUAAAUAUGUUUUUAUCAAAUGAAUUAUUUGUUAAUGAAUUACCAAUUUUCUGGAAAAUAAUGAUUGAAUAUCAAACUUGUACAGUAAAUCUACUCUGCAGGAUGAAAUGGUACAACUAACUUCAUUAUGAAUGUUGUACCAUUGAUGGUUGCAUCAAAGUAGCUUGCGCCUUGCAUGAUAUUUAAUCGUUUGAAGAAAGAUAUGGUUCUUUGAUUUUAAUGAUUAAUUUGCUUUAUUACUAUUUCAAUCAGCUCGACCAUCAAUAUUUUCAAAUAACCCAAUUUGCUUGAUUGUUUUUUCAAGGUUUGAAGUUACAUACCAUGACUCCUGCCACCAAAAAAUCUUUAAUCACUCAACUGCUUUGGUCAAGACCAUUGAUAAUUGAAGGGUUUUUAGUUUGACUGAGGGUUGAGGGGAGGGGGCAAAAACUGAUUAAAAUUUUUGUUUUCUUUAAAUACAAGUGAGUGGAAAAAUUAGCUGAACUCUGUACAUGUAUAUUUUUUUGUAAAGGGUUUAGCUCACUCUUCUCUUGGAUUAAUAAGAAUUUGCCCCCAAAUGUACAGGAGGGCUUAAAGCCUUAACAUUUUAAGGAAUGACAACUACCCCCUCUCCCUCGCAACCAUGGUCAAGACCAAACAGAAAUUCAGUGUCAAUGUUUGCUCAUGUCAUAAGAAAGAUUUCUGGAGAGGGUUCGUGAUACCGAGUGUCAAUGAGACCGAGUGUUAUAAACAUGUAUGUCUAUGUAAUACAUUAGAAUAUCUUCUGCUCAGCCUGAUCUUCAAUACAAACUGAAAUAUACAAUCUAGAGAACACAUAUAACUCAGUAGUUAUUUAAACAUGUAAUUCAACUAUAAAUCCCCUUCAGGGCAUGCUUUGAAACUAAAAGUAACUAUCAUAAGAUUAGGCUAUUAAAAAAAGGCAGAAAAUAGUUUUGACAUACGUAAUCCUCGGCCUUGUGGGAAGACCCCAGAUUUCCUUUGAAUUAAAGUAUGGAGGAUAAUGUUUGAAAGUGCAAGCCUUGGAACAAGUCGAGAUCAUGAACACCGCCACCUUUAAAAUCCCAAUUGCAAAGAUUAUGUUCAUGAUUUCAGUACGUGCUAUUUGUCCUUGCUGAAAUGUAUUUACUCUUGUCUUCAGUUUAUGGAGGGAAAAUUCUGAUUAUAUUGUUUGUGAUGCAGCAUGAUUUACUAGAGUUAAAGCUUCUACAGCAGCUGUAGUUCUGAUGAUUAGCCACAACCACGGUCCCUUCUGUAACCUGAAGACAUCAUCUUUCAGCAAGUUGUUAGUUGAAUAUUUUCUGAUAUUUUUUUUUAAUAUAAGUUUGCACAAAUAUGAAGUUUCUUUCAUUUCAAAUACUUAUCACUUUCAUGCAGGUUGUCAGUAUCAAAGCAGACAUUUUUUUCUCUCUUUCUUUAUCCUAUUUCAAGCACUUACCGGUACUCCAGUUCUUAUAAUCAAAUUGGAUUUUUAUUUUCAUUUACCUGUAAAUAUACAAGAUUUUAUUUUUUUGUGAUAGAUAUUUGUCAUAUUGAGUCUUAGCGUUGUAUGUGUACAUGAAGGGUUAAAAGAUGAAAUUGAAAUUUAGCUUUAGGCAGUCUGAUGUAGGCUACAUAAAUGUUCGAAGGGGUCGUUAAUAGUUUUCAUUGUAGAGAAAAGUAUCCUAUGUAGCAGAUCUGCUGUGUGUGCAAAUUAUACCGUGUGUGCAACACUUAAAUACCUACAUGUAUGUGAUUUUGUACCAUAUGUAUUUUGGUUGACUAGCACAAUCAUGUUUUUUUCAACAAGAGGAAUGAGAUUUUGUGAUGAAAGCAAUAAAAAUACUACAGUAUUUA